UGAACAGUGGAGGGCGCUAAAGACAUCUUUUAUAAACAUCAUAAUAGGUCAGAAGCCGUUCGCACAACAUUGUCAAAUUUGCACUUUUCGAAAUGAAAACAACUAAUACAGCUAAUGUUUCGUCUGUGCCAUCUGCAGGAGAGGAUGUAGGAUCAGACUGCUUUGUUCGAGUCAGAAAGCGAGACUUGGAGAAACUGGAGGCAGAAGUCAGGACACUACGACAGCUUAUGCCAAAAGUAAUCAAUAGGGACUGCAUUGAUGCUAUCCAUAAAGGACGGUCUCUGGACGCAUUUAAAGAGCGCAGUGACCGUGAGAAGCAGCAACAGAGAGAGGAUUGUCUGCACAUUCGCUCCAGACUAGAUGUUGCUCUGAGUGAGUGUCAGAGAGAGAGACAGGAGAAGUUGGUUUUAAAGCAGCAGUUAUGGGAGUGCAGAGAGGAGCUGCAGCAGCAGAAAGAGUUUUGUUCUGAGCUGGGCACUGCAUCUUGCACCCUGCUCUGGAGUGCGUCCCAAAGGGAAGAAGCAAUCAGAGACAUACUGGCUGCUGGUAAACUCGAGCCGUUCCUGAGCAUUGCAGGUCAAACCUUGGAGACUUCCAUCAAGUUUCUGAAUGACGAGGCAAAGCCACAACAGAGUUACAAUUCAAAAGAGCAUCAUUUAGUUCUGGCUCUGGCUGGCGUUGUUACCAAUAUCGCUGCUGUGUCUUGUGGACGGGACUUCUUAUCCUCUUCUGCCCACAUCCUGUUGGAUACUUUGUUGCAGCUGCUGUAUCUAAUGAAACCAGGAGUGUUUCCAAAACUCAAAGCAUUGAUGUUAAUGGCUCUAUAUAACAUCACUAUUAGUGUGAAUGGGCUGAAGCUCGUAAGUGAGAGCCCUGGCCUUCUACCUCUUCUGAGCACACAUCUGGAAGACCCUGACCCAGAAGUGUGUCUGCAGUCAUUGAGGCUCCUUCAGUCCUUACUGCUGGAGAGAGAGGUCAUGUCACACAUUAAAACUGAUUUUCUGCGCUCUUUUCCAAUCAGUCGUAUCCACCAUCUAGCUUCAAGCCGCCACUCCGCUCUCAAGCAAACAGCUCAGGAGACACUGGAAGAUUUGGCUAGCUUUACCAACUCCCAAACUAAGGACUCAGAGAAGGAGCAGUGAAGGCCAGGCCUUAAUACUCACUUAAAAAAGUAGGCCUAUGUCUAGCAAAACGCAUACUAAUUCUGAGACUUGGCCAUGUUCAAACCUAGAGAUUUCAAAGAAUUAGUUGUCAUUCCACAGUUUGUUAGUUUAGUCAUCUUGUACUGUCUUAGACCCUUAAAGUGUUAAGAAGUGACUUCUACAGAACUUUAUAUGCGUUAAUUGUGACGUAAAUGCUGAACACCUCUAUAGAUAGAUGUGCAUGUCUUUUAUAAAAUGCCAGAAGAGCCAUAACACAUACUUUUAUACUCAGCAUGCCUUUAUAUCACUUCAUGCUCUGAAUGAAAUUAGCAUCAGAUCGAUAUGUGUGCUGCCCUUUCUAACACACCCACAACAUCAACUCUCUCUGUAGUCCAGCCUACGUGGAAUUCUAAACUUAAACAUUGGGAUGAUAAAUCAUCCCUUUACAAGAAGCCUUACUAAGGAUCAUUGUUAGGACACAACACAGCAAUCAGCAUAUAAGUCACAGAAAAACUAAAGCGUGGCCCUUUGGGAGUCAGCAGCAAUAAUGUUAGACAUGAUGGAGUCUAUUGUAUCUAAAGUUAAAUGCAGUUAAAUUAGCUUUUAGUUGAUUGUUUUAUUUCUAAACUUUGACAAAUAGAAUGUUCUUAAUGUUUGAUUGAUUUCAUUUUCAUUGAUUGCUUUGAUUGUGGUCUUUCUCCAUUUCUUUUAUACUGUUUUUUUCUUUAUAUGUAUAUCUAUAUUACUGUUCAAAGAUCUGUUCAAGUUCAACAAUUAAAGGUGUUAAGUGUUUUUUUGUUUUGUUUUGUUUUUUUUUUAUUCUGAUGAUUUGUCAUUCAAGAAGUUCUGUUCUGUAAAAGUGUUUGACACCAAUUUGUAAUAUGUUCAUUUGUCCAUUUCAGAGACAUGCAAUAAUUGUUUUUGUUUCAAAUUGUACAUUCUCUCUGUGAAUGCAUGUACAGGAUGUCUCGAUUUCUUAAAAUACACUUUUUAAGCAAA